AAAGCACAGUCAUAAACUAAAUGGUGAGCGUUGGUAGAUACUGACAGAGGUUUCUGGGUAAAAAAAUUAAUAAUGGGCCAUCAAUGUUGUAGCAAACAGAAAGUUAAGAGAGGCUUAUGGUCUCCUGAAGAAGAUGAGAAGCUUAUUAAGGUCAUAACCACUCAUGGUCAUGGUUCUUGGAGUUCUGUUCCCAAGCUAGCAGGUCUGCAAAGGUGUGGAAAGAGUUGCAGACUAAGAUGGAUAAACUACUUGAGACCAGAUCUAAAAAGAGGUUCAUUUACAGCACAAGAAGAGAGGACCAUCAUUGAUGUUCAUAGAAUUCUAGGCAACAAAUGGGCUCAGAUAGCUAAACAUUUACCUGGUAGAACUGACAAUGAGGUCAAGAAUUUCUGGAACUCAUGCAUCAAGAAAAAGCUUAUUGCUCAAGGGUUAGAUCCCAACACUCACAAACUCCUUUCUCCUAAUUAUUAUAAUAACAAUAAACAAAACUAUAACAAUUCCCAUCAACAAAAACCCACUUCAGUUUUCACUGUCAGUUCUCAAAUGAAAGAUCUUUCCAUGGAAACGAAAACAUCCCUUACUUCAUUUUUCCCUUCUAUUUUUCCUCCUUCAACGUGCGAAUAUCAAAACCCUAAUAAUAAUCCAGCUGUAAUGGAGUGUCCAAGCCAAUCUUUUUCACUGGGAAGUGUUCCUAUGACUUGUUCUACUAUUUCACAUGAGUAUCCGCCUGGGUUUGGCAUAAUAGAUGAGAGGUGCUUCUGGAGUUCUAGUAGUAAAAGUGGUAGUAUUGAGCCAGAUAUUCUUGAACCCUCAUCAAGAAAUGAAGAAAUAAUGAAAGUAUUAUUUGAAAUUGAUGAGAAGACUAAUAAUAAUAAUAAUGAGUUCAGCGUUAGGCAGAAUAUGGACACUUCAUUUGAAAGCUCUAACUUUGAUUUUGAUUUUGUGGAGUCUGCACUAAUGCCUGAGUAUUAUAAUGCUAGCCCCAAUGAUUAUCAUCUUACAUGGGAUUCAUAGGCCUUACAGUAAUAAUAAUAAUAAUAAAGAAAAAGCUGCUAUCUCUCCCUCUCUCCCUUUCUUAUUUGGUUGGUACUUGAGGUUGUAUGGUGUUGGAAGUAUAUACUGUUGCUGAAAUGUUGAAGAAGUGAUGAUCGCUUGUUGAUGAACAUAUUGUAAGAUUACUUUUUUGUACGGUACUUUAGAUAAAGUAAAUGAAUUCCUUCAUGUUUAAUUUUAAUUGUAA